ACUCUGGCCCGACAGGUUGAGCUUGAUGCUGACGACUCACUUCGUUGCGUGCUUCACUGCCACGCGCCUCUUCAGAGCUCGACGCGACCCUCGCCUCCGCGGGAGGCAAGAUGGUCGUGAUCGAUUUCCACGCGACAUGGUGUGGCCCUUGCCACGCGAUCGCACCAAUCUACGAUCGGCUCGCCUCGCAGUACGCCAGCGACAUCUUCCUCAAAGUCGACGUCGACCGCGUGCCGGACAUUGCGCAGCGAUAUAGCGUCACCGCCAUGCCCACCUUUAUUUUUAUCAAGAACAAGGCCCCCGUCGAAACACUGCGCGGCGCGAACCCGCAGCAGCUGCAGGUGCUCUGCCAGAAGCACUCUGGCGGCGCGUCCGGCAGUGGAGCCUUCAGCGGAAAUGGUCAGAGCCUCUCGGGAGGCAGCGGCAGCAGUACUAGUGGCAGUGGCAGUGGCGCCGGGGGCGUCAAUGCGCCAAAUAAAUCGCUCCUCUCGCAGAUCGACCAAUCGCGCUCGCUAGCUCUCAACGAACAAUCCGCGCACCCGCUCAAGAGCAUCAUCAAGGGCCCCAGUGGCGACUCGUACCUCGCGUCGGACGCUGAUGAGCAGCUGCUCAUCCAGCUCGCGUUCAGCCAGAAGGUCCGCAUCUCGCACAUCCUCCUGCACACCACGCCUUCGGCCGCCGCACAGGCACCCAAGCGCAUCAAGCUCUACGUCAACCAGCCCAACCUCGGAUUCGACGAUAUCGACGACGGCGGCUCGACCGCACCGGCGCAGGAGCUCGAGCUGGCCGAGGACGACGUCAAGAGUGGGCCCAGCGGCGGCGGGGGGCGCGCGGUGCCGCUCAAGUUUGUCAAGUUCCAGAACGUCGACUCUCUCGCCAUCGCCGUCGUCGCCAACCAGGGCGGCGAGGAGACGACGCGCAUCGACGCACUGGACAUCUAUGGCGUUGCAAUGGAGGGUAUGAAUAUGGGCGAGCUGAAGAAGAUCGAGGCCGAGGCUGAGCCUCGCGGCUGGAACGGGCGCCUGCCGUCGCGCACGGGUCUCAAAGGCGGCUCGGGCGGCGCAACGCCACGAUACUAUGCCCCAGGCUUUGCCGGUGGCCACCACGGCUGCGCUAAAGGCGGUGCUGCUGCUGCGACGCUCUCGCCUGACCGCUCGCGCACCUCGGCCGAGACGGACGCUUCGCAUGCAUCCACACCUACCGCCUAUGGGCACUCGUUGAACGGUGCGGGGGGUGGCGGUGGCGUCACAGGCCACAGGCGUCGCAGCAGCACGUCCACGUCGCGCACGAGCAUCCCCACGAGCUUCGCGGACGAUGAGGAGGAGAUCGAGCGCGCGUUCAAGCCGAUGGCGCCGCCGCGCUUCACGGCCAAGGACGAGGAGGACCUGUUGAUGCUCGGCGGCCGAGACCCGGCCGCUGCCGCCGGGGAUGGCGCCGAUGGUGCAAUGGGCGAUGGAGUCAGCUUGUUCAGCUGGCACACCGCCCCGCUCGCGCUCGCGCUCGCUCCGCCCCUCGGGGCACUGCUCGGCGCCAAGGCGGAGCACUGGAGCAAUGCCAUCUUGCUCUUCCUUGCUAGCUUUUGGCUGUAUCAGUUCAUCAGAGUUCCAUGGGACAUGUACUACGCCGCGCGGACACGCAAGGUCCUGCAUGCUGACAUGGUUGCCGACGAGCAGCAGAAUGAGACGCCGGAGCAGCGGCAGACGCGCUUGGCAGCGACGGCCGAGCUUCAUCGCGCAGAGCUCGUCGCGCUCGUCUGGUGCAUCGCCAGCCCCGUCGCUGGCGCCUGGCUGCUGCAUUGGCUCCGAGAGACGCUCACCGACGGCUCGGACUAUCUGAACACCUUCAACAUCCGCCUGUUCAUGUUCUCUGCUGGCAUCAAGCCGUGGAUCCAUGCGUUCAAGCUGAUCCGCCGCCGCCUGCUUUUCCUGCAGGAAGAGGUGCACUAUCCACACUCGCAGGUCGAGCAGCUCUCGCGCCGCCUGCGGCAGAUGGAGGCGGAGAUUUCGGCAUUGCGCAAGAUCUUCGCGACCAAGGGUGACGUGCGCCUGCUACGCGACGGAAUCGACACGCCACUGGCGCAGCUCAGCAGGGCCGUGCGCAAGUAUGAGAAGAAGGAGGAGCACCUCCGCCUCAGCGCCGAGGAUAAGUUCAAUCUCGUCGAGAGCCGCCUUGAGGAUCUCCUGCGCGAGGUCGCCAUCAACGCCGAGCUCAUUGAGGUCGAGCGCCGCGAACGCGAGCGCAUCGCCAACUUGCCCAUGUCCCUGUUCCAGGCCGUGCGCUAUGCCUUGGGCCGCAGUGGCGCUGGCUCGUCGACGCAGCAGCACCACUACCUCCACGAUGCCCCGCGAAGCUUGCCGUCCACCACAGCGCUCGGCAUCGGGGAUACCCAGGGUGGCUUGGGCAGCCCGACUGGUUCGGGCUUCGUGCCGCUGCAUCAGUACCCCGCUCCGCCUGGAAAGUCUGCGGGGCCGCCCAUUGGGCCUAGCACCAGUACCAGCAACGGCAGCGCCGCCGCCGCCGGCAGUAGCGGCGCAAACAGUGCUAAUGGUGGCCCUUCGCCGACCAGCAAUGGAAGUUCUUUGCCAGAGAUGUACCUGCACUCCAUCCCGCUCUCGCCCAAUUCGCGCUCGGCCCCCUGGUACGAGAGAGGGUCCAUGUGGUAUUUGUUCCUGCCGCUCAACUUGACCAACUCGGCGCUGAAGCUCGCUGGAGACAAGGCUAAGAGCCUGACGGACGACACUUACUACCAGCAGACGAUGCAGCAAGCGCAUCACCCCGCCUUUGUCGCCGCACAGCACAACUACAAACGCAUCGAUCACGCAAAGUGAUUUCCCUGCCUUUUUACAGCAACAAUCGUUUUCGACGGAGCACAUCAUAUCAUCUCGUUUCGGUCCUACAAUAAAGGUAUCUGGUUAUCGCGUCCACUCGUUCAUCAUCCGUCCCAUUUCCUCUGUUUUCCGCGGCUUUUACUUCCAUCUGUCGAAGGGACAGCUUCAAGCAGCUUGCUUUUGCCCCUUUCAUCCGAAGGGCCCUACAUCAAAC